AUUGACUCUUGUCCACAUUGUAUCCCCAUUUCACUUUGUCCUAAACUCUGCCUUCUCUCUCUUCUGCCCUGUUUUUUUUUCAAUAUAAUUUUAAAUUAUAUAUACCGUCAGUAAUUCAUAAGAGAGACAUCUUCUUACUUGGACUAAGAAUUCCACAUAGUUGUGUAAACAUGGAAUUAGAUGAAUUCCGUUUAAUGUUGGAGAAUUCAAGCGUGGACUUGUGGACAUUUAUUGACACAGCCAUUUCUGUAGCCAUUCUUGAUCAUGGAAACGAGCUUCUCAGCCGAAGAGACGCCAUUGUUGAGAAGCUCUAUGCUCCGCUCUUGUGUAAGAAUUGUAAUUCUGCGGGCAAUUGUGAAGAUUUAGAGACCAAAAUCAUCAGAAUCAAGAAGCUUUUGGAAAACCCAAAUCAGUCUGAGAAUUGCUUGGUUGAACUGCUCCAAACUCUUGCUGAAAUGGACAUUAAUUUCAAGGUUCUUGAGAUAACAGAUGUUGGAAGACAUGUAAAUAGACUGCGGAAGCAUUCAUCAAAUGAAGUAAGAAGACUUGUUAAACUACUUAUCAGGAGAUGGAAGGAUAUUGUUGAUGAAUGGGUGAGACUGAAUACACAAGCAGAAGAAACAGGUGAUGCAAACUCUCCUUUUCAACCCCACUUGAACAACAACUUUCAAGAGAGAGCUCCUCUUUAUGGGAUUUCUUCAAAUGGUUCAUCAUCUUAUUGCGCUCACAAGCAGAGUAUAGAGAACAACAACAUUACUCCAUCGUCAAAGCGCCUACGUGAGGAUUACCUAGAAGCACAUCAUGUAGGAGUACUAAACAAAAGGACAAGAGAAGUGGGCUUUCUCGACGUACGCAAACAAAAGAAGUUGUGAUUUGAGGAUUUCGGACACGAAUUCGCGAGGCAAAGAUUUAUUGGAAUCCUGAGUUGGUUGCAAAUCGAGAUUUCGGAGUUGGUCCCACCGGCGUACCAUAGACUUGCU